AUGUUGUUGACUGGACGAGAUCUUUGCAAUGUUUUUCUUGCGGGUGUUUUCUUGUUAUUGCUUAGUUGUAGAGUCAUUUCAGGUGUCGAGAGUGAUAUCAACUGCUUGAGAAGUAUAAAAGCAACAUUGGAGGACCCUUUAGGCAUGUUAACCUCUUCAUGGGAUUUUAACAAUAAGACCGAAGGUUUCGUCUGUAACUUUCUGGGAAUCGAGUGUUGGCACCCUCAUGAAAGCAAAGUUAUAAAUAUCAAGCUUGGGGAUUUGGGACUCAAAGGCCAGUUUCCUCGCGGCGUUGUGAAUUGUACAAGCUUAACAGGCUUAGAUCUUUCAAGCAACGGCCUCAGUGGAUCACUUCCCAGUGAUAUCAUAAAAUUGAUCCCUUUCGUUACGUCGCUUGAUCUCUCGUCCAACAGCUUCUCAGGGCCAAUUCCCCGGAAUAUCUCCAAUUGUACUUUUCUCAAUGUCCUUAAACUUGACAACAACAAGUUCACGGGUCAGAUUCCUGCAGAACUUGGUCAGCUCAGUAGGCUUAAAACAUUUAGCGUGGCCAACAAUCAACUGUCUGGGCCAGUCCCCUACUUCCACAAUGGCACAAACAAUUUGGACUAUGCAGGCAAUCCUGGACUUUGUGGCGGUCCUUUGGGAAGUUGCCAGGCAGCUGCAAAGAACAAGUUGUCAAAUGAUUUAGUGAGGGUUUUCAAGUCUUACACUGUAGUCAUGUUGGGAGCACUCGGUUUUGGUAUUGGUUUUGUUUCCUCCUUUUUUCUUUUUUCGUCUUUCGAUAGAACGCUUCGGAGCUAG